GGACUUUGAGAGGCCGGGGUGAUGGCGGGACAGCUGGCUUCUGGUGGAAGGUAUGGUUGUCUCCUUAACCCUCGCAGACCAACCGCGCUGGGAAGUGCAACGUGCAUUCGGUGCCGAGAGACGAACGGGUGCAAAAUGUUGCAGCGUGAAAUAAGUGGCGGUGUGUGGUUAAUCUGCAGCGCUCACUUUUAUCAUAACAAUGCUGGCGAAACACUCAGCAACUCAGGCAGCAUCUGCGGAGAGGGAACCAGUGAACGUUUCUGCUCGGAGGCUCCUUAUCGUCUCUCUUCACCUGGAUGCGCUCAACACUCGAAAAUCCAUGAGGAUGUCAAGGACUAUUAUGGAAAGAGGGUGAAGAAAACAGAUGAUCUGGUGCUGAAUGCGUGUGUCACUCCCGCUAAAGCACUCACUAAACAUGUGCAGGAUGCAUUGAAAGAUGUUCAUGAGGAAGUAAACUCCAGAUACUAUGGAUGUGGACUCGUGGUUCCCGAAUGUUUGGAGAACUGUCGGGUUCUGGAUUUGGGAAGUGGGAGUGGUCGGGACUGCUAUAUGCUCAGCAAGCUGGUUGGAGAGACAGGCCAUGUGACUGGGAUCGACAUGACUGAUGAGCAGAUUCAACUGGCGAAGAAGUUUGUUGACUAUCACACGCAGAAGUUUGGCUUCAGUAAACCCAAUGUGGAUUUCCUUCAAGGCUACAUUGAAAAACUUGGUGAUGUUGGAUUGAAAGACAACAGCUUUGAUGUUAUUAUAUCAAAUUGUGUGAUAAACUUAUCGCCGGAUAAAACAGCUGUGCUGAAAGAGGCAUAUCGAGUGUUAAAGGAUGGUGGUGAGAUGUACUUCAGUGAUAUCUACGCUGAUUGUGAGCUUCCAGAGUCUGUGAGGACACACAAGGUUUUGUGGGGCGAAUGUCUGGGUGGAGCUCUGUGGUGGAAAGAGUUCUUCAAAAUUGUGGAGAAGGUGGGUUUCAGUGCCCCGCGACUGAUCAGUGCCAGCAAGGUCCCUGUGGUUAAUAAAGAACUUCAGGAGUUAACUGGUGACUGCAAGUUUGUUUCUGCCACUUACCGACUGUUCAAAGUCCCAGCUGCUGUUCCAAGGGAGAAAAGCCAUGUAAUUUACAACGGCUCGAUCACGGGCUGCAGAGAGAAGCUGGAGUUUGACGUCAACUACACAUUUAAUGAAGGGCAGACCGUGACCGUGGACGAGGAAACGGCAGCAAUUCUCAAGAGCUCACGAUUUGCAGAUGAAUUCACCAUUCAGUCGCUUGGCAAAGGGUCUCCCAGCUCUGGAGGAUGCCCACCCAUCGAGUCACAGGGUGCUGCUGUUGAUCCUUUCUGGCUGUCAGAGGGAGGGAUUCCAUCCUGCUCCACAGCGUGCUCCGUGCAGAGCAAAGGUUGCUGCUGAAUCAGCGCCCUGCAUUGGAGGAAAGAGAUCUGCUUGCUCCGAUAAUCAGUAAACAUAAUGUCAAGAAAUGAUUGGAGGGAAAAGUGAGGUUGGCCUGAGGAGGGUCAGAAUUGAAUGCUCCUCCACCCUGCCCACUACCGUGCUGCCUUCCCCAUCCCCCUUUGAGGAACAUUGCUAAGUUAUCCCACUUCCCACCACUUCAGUGCAGGGAUGCUGAGGUCAGUUAUCACCUCCUGCAGCUGGUCCUGCUAAACUCGGGGCUCGUGUUUCAUUUUAAAUGACUCUGUUUUGGAAACUCCCAGGAGUUCCUGCGCUGAGUGUGCCUGUCACAAGAUCACGGCUCGCAAUGAUCCAGCGUCUCUAGCACACGUACCUCAUGGGGGCAAUAUUGACGGAAAGUGAUUUUGCUUUUUAAACUAGUUGAAGGGGUGUGUGGGGGGAGGGAUCCUCUUCAUCGCUGAGUGAGACUGCAUCCUGAGAGCAGUUGGCAAUUGGCACCAACAUCACACCUCACUUCUUCUCCAAGUCACGGCGAAUGAGUAUUGGCUCAACGUCCAAGCCUUCAAGCUGGCUGGGAUUCUGGUUACAACAGAAGGCUGAGGAAGAUAGUUUUUGGGACAAGAGCAGGGGCUGUCUAGAUGAGCACUUGAACCUUCAAGGUAUAGAAAGCUGCAGAACAAUGCUGGUUAAUGGGAUUAGUGGAGUACUGGAGGCUUGGCAUGGAUUUGGUGGGCUGGAGAGUGUGCUUCCAUGUGGUGUGACACUUGCUCUGUGGGAUGGGGGUGGGUGGGGAGUGGAGAGAGUAAAGGUAUGGUAUGGUAUGGAAUGGUAGAUCAGGCUCACGAGGCUCUGUGGCCAACUUCUGCUUUUUUUAUGUGAUAUGAAUGGUAUAAAGAUUCACAGCUGAAAUCUCUGCAAUAAACACCUUUCCCUUUCCCCAGGCAAUAAACACCAUUGAGUAAGUGACAAUGUGUAUCAUCUCAGUGGAAAAUCAAAUCACGAAUGGUCAUUUUUCUUCUUGUAUCAGUAGUCAGGGUUUUAUUGGGUUUUGUAUGGCAAUGUGAUCAGGUUUAGUGAGAGGGCUCUCUUGUUCUCCUGAACACCUGAGACUUGAAAACUGGAAUUCACUGCUGGGACGACCUGUUGAAGGAGUAUAGGUGAAUAAUUCAGUUUACCUUUUCUCCCCUUCCUGAUAUUUUUUCAUUUAUUUCUGUGCCUCAGUGAUUCCAUCAGUGGGCUGUGUGUUGAAGCAUUUUGAGUGUGGCCAAGAUUUAGGGUUGCUCCCUGAUCACCUUUA